AUGCCAUCCCGCAGGUGUAUAUUCACGCUGGACCUCAAAUUCCCUCCCACGCUCGUCAACUUCAUCAUCCAGCAGUGCGGUGGGAUCGUGUACCAGUGGUUUACAGAGGAGCUGGCCCGGAUAUAUGAUGACCCCUCCAGCACCAAGGGAAAGGCGUUUCGCCAGGCUCUCCACGACGAGCCCCUUUACAAUCACGUCCGGGCAGUCAUGGAGAAAUAUCGGGCAGCCCGGGCAGCUGAACAGCAGCAACUGGAGGCCGAGCAGCAGAGAAAGCACCAGGAGCUGGUGGGCGGUCAGCAAAACGGGCAGGCAGUUGGGGAAAGGAUUCUUCUAGACAGCAAAGAAGAGGACAAGUCGUUUAGAGAUCUAGGGGCAGAGGUAGAGGCGAAAAUCGAGUCGCUAGUGGCAUCAGUGUCUAGAAGAGCGAGCAGCAAUGGCAGCAUUGAUGGGGAUGGGGUAGAGAUAGUGGAGGCUGGAGCAUGGGGGGGUGCGGAGGCAAGACCAGGGGUAAAGGGCAUGGGGGUUGAGGAGGCGAGCGGGAAAUCAGGAUUGCACAUGGAAGACAGCAGCAAUGAGGGUGGGUUUGUGACUGAGGGGGGAGCAGGAGAUGUAACAGGAGGAGCAGCAGGGGGAGCAGGAGAUGUAGGAGGAGGAGCAGCAGGGGGAGCAGGAGGAGGAGCAGGAGGAGCAGGGAAAGUGGGGGCGGAGGCAGGGGUUGGAAUAAGCAGAGCUGCAGUGACUUCUCUGCUGCACAGAGGGCCUGUUCCUGAUUCGCCGCAACUUAACGGCAUUGUACAGAAGGUUACUGUAGAGAAAGGUGCUACAGGGCUGCAUACAAAGCACCCGCAGAAUGGCCGGUAUGGGCUGAGAGCAUCAGAGAGUCCCGGUACCGGUAACAAUGGGUACACGCUGAGUGCGAGCGACCACCGUCUCUUCCAAGCCGUUGAUACGCUGGACCGGGCGAUCGCAGCCCUCCGCUUGCUGCAUCCUGCAUCCGUGCCAGCAACACCAGCAGCGGCUGCAGCAGCAGUUGGUGCUGGUGGUGGGGCAGCUGGUGGCAUGUACAGCCCAGAAAGCAGAGGAAGAGGAGCAACUGCAGCAGCAGGCACAGCAGCAGGCUCGAGAGCGAAAGGGGCGGUGGCAGGAGAGAGAAGGGGCAGCUCAGCAGCAGAAUUAGUUUUAAGCGAUGGUUUUGCUGCAGAGCAGCACGCAAGGAGCAGCGAAGCAGGUGGAAAGGGUAGGGCAGACGGCGGGGUAAACACCCCGAAUGGGGAUGGUGAUCGUUUGCCCCAGAAGCACCAGAAGCUGGCGCAGCGGGAGUCGCACAAGAGUGGAUGGGGAAGGCUGCGGAAAGCUUUGACAAUGCUACAGAAGACAGGCUGA